GAUCACAUUCUCAUUACGCACGGGGACUUUGGGAAGGUUUUUUUUUGCAGGGCUGGGGGUUGGCACGUGCACUUGUGUGUGGCUGUCCUCGUGGAUUUGAGGGAGGAGGCAUUAAUUAGGUGAGUUUCCUCAUCUUGAUAUGAACACCAGGCUACGCCGAGUCCGGGCUGACGUCACAGAGGCGCGCCUUAAAACCAAAGAGCUCAUCUCUCAGAGAUGAAUGGUUUGAUCAUACGCACACAUACGCACACGCGCGCACACGGACAACACACAGACAUGUGCUUUGGAUUGUAACCUAAAGCGCGGACUUUGCAGACGCGGCAGCGCGAGUACCGGGGAAGGCGAGAAGUUACUUUUUCCAUGACUCUCCAUCGUCUGUGCGCGGACUGAAAGUGGUGCGUAAAUGUAUGCGCGUCCCCGCUUGGAUAACGUGGUAAAUGACAGCCGUGUGGAAACUUGAGCAGGGGAAAUUGUUUAGUUACAACAGUGUCAACAGCGGCAAAAGUGCACAUGUGCCACGGAUGCUGCUGAGUGUCGCUGCGGCUCUGCGCUCCUGCCUCUGUCAUCUGAUCUGACCUGAGACAUGGCUUACUCUCAGCUGGGAUAUUCCUACUCCACCACACCACAGUUUCUGAUGACCUCAAGCUCUCUGGCCAGUUGUCUGGAGCCUGCAUCGCCCCGUUCUCACCCGGUGCUCCGCUCCCCGGGGCACCAGCUCACUCCGGGCACCGGCAUCGGAGUGUACAGCGGCCCUUAUCCAAGGAGCCAGGGCUACUACGACACCUGCUCCAGCGACGCCACCGCUCUCUACUCCAGAGGGCCACUCGAUGCCAAAGAGGGAGCUGCAUCUGUGCAUGUGGGCACAUCUCAGACUCCUGCCUACUAUCCUUAUGAAUACACAUUUGGACAAUAUUCUUAUGACAGACAUGGGUAUUCCUGCUCUGACAGUGCUUCCCGUCGUAAAAAUGCCACUCGUGAGACCACCAGCACCCUGAAAGCCUGGCUGCAGGAGCACCAGAAGAACCCGUAUCCCACAAAGGGAGAGAAGAUUAUGCUCGCCAUCAUCACCAGGAUGACACUCACACAGGUGUCUACAUGGUUUGCCAACGCACGCCGGAGGCUAAAGAAGGAGAACAAGGUGACCUGGUCACCGAGGGCUUGCAAAGGCUCCGAUGAACGAGGCUGUGAUGAUAACAGUGAUGAGGCUGAGAAGACACUUAAAGAUGACAAAGACCAGUCUGAGCAACAAUGUGCAGACCUGCAGAGUGAUCUUGAAGACUUUGACCUGCUGGAAUCGGACGCUUCCGACUGUGAUCCGAAGCCACAAUACCUACCUGAGGACAGCGAAGAGAGCUCAAACGCAAAUCUCCCACAUGGGCAUCUCACAGAUCCAGAUUCCCUGCACAGAGAAGAGAGACUGUCCCCCGACUCGCCAAGACUCGCAGCAGUCCAACACCAAAACACCACCUUCUACCCGAAUCCAGACCUCCGAGGUGCAAACGCCAAGCCCAAAAUAUGGUCCAUUGCCCAAACUGCAGUGUCUCUGGACGGCAGCUUGGAGCCAGAGUAUCCUCCCUGUAUGCUGUCGACCGCCGGGUCCUCCUCACCCGUCUAUCCAUCAACUAUGGGGCUCAUUAACAGAGACAGGCAGCAGGAAUCACCGGUGGCCACGCUCAGAGAAUGGGUGGACGGAGUUUUCCACGGUCCCCCUUUUCUACAGCCCAAACCGGCCGAGGUGUGGAAAGGUUUGAAUGACGCUAUGAUGGACAGCAGAGCACCGGGACAAUCCUUUGACCUCGUGAGGUCCACAUCGUCUUUGUAGUCCGACCCGACGCAACAAACUCUGUCAAAGACCGCUGGGCUUUUUCCAUUCGUACAGAAACUCUGGCAGAAGACACAAUGCAGUUCCUUUUAGUUAUUUUGGAUACAAUUGAUUUUGAAGGCGAGGGUUGACAAAAGGCAGACUUCUCAUUCAUCACUGGCUCUGUUAAGUUUGUUCAAAAACAAAUAUUCUGACUGACUUUUUAAUGUUGCAAACAACUUGUUUUCGGUGUGUCUUAAUUUUGCACUUGACGGCCACGUAAGACGACGACGACGACGACGCCCGAGCUGAAAGACUGAAGAAGAGGCUAAAGUUUCCUGUCGCUACGGAAGCUGCAACAAUCGUUGAGUGCGUGGAGCGUCCAACAGGUGGCUAAUUAAGCGCUUGUCUACUUGCAAAGCCAAAAAACACAAAACAUACAAGAGAUUAAAAUCAUAAGUUGUGUUACAAUAAGAAAAUUGAGAGGCCGUCGGUGGUCAAAUGUGAGCAAACGCACAAACACAUACACACUCUUCCCUGCAGCGAGGUUGUUUGAUUCACACGUAUGAAAAAAUAUACUGUCUUGUACACUUGCACUAUAGCCUUGCACAUGCACUGGAGUCACAAAAAUAAAAGGUGUAUUCUGUA